AAAAAUGAAAGAAAACUACAAACAAAUAAAGAAACUCGAUUUAAUCUCAGAAAUGGCGAUAGAUCUCUGAGAAGACCGAGGAGGAAGACGAAGAAGAAGAAAGAAGACGAACAAGAUGAUGUCCGGAGGUAACUAUACGACUAUAGAUAACCAAAAUGUUUCAGGAUCUGUGCCCGCUGUUCCGGAUCAGGGACAUUUAACCGUUAAAUUCACUGACUCAAAUCUUCAAACAUUUCCACCAUCUGGAACUCAAGGAAAAAUCUCUGGUGGUUCCCAGCCUCCUCGCGAUGCUGAUGACACAUUUUCAAAACCUAUCUCUGGUUCAUCUGGUUCUGAUGAAUCCCCCAAACAGGGUGGUUGGGUUCGGACCUUCUCAGUGUCUUCCUACAAACAAUAUUUUGAUGUUGAUACUUCAGAUGUCUUAGAGAGGAUCAAAGAUUCACUUUUUCCGUUUAGAGGAACUUUCAAUGAAAGGACAGCUGACACCCCAGAUCUAUACGGACCAUUUUGGAUAUGUACUACCUUGAUAUUUGUGGCUGCUUCUAUUGGAACGUUUGUAACGUACUUGGCCCACAAGUUACAGAAUAAAGAUUGGAACUAUGACAUAAAUGUGGUAACUUGGUCUGCUGGUCUGUUCUAUGGCUAUGUCACCAUUGUUCCUGUUGGACUAUACUUAGUGCUUAAGUACUUCUCGGUGCCUUCCGGCCUUGUGCAGCUCUUAUGUCUCUAUGGCUACUCUUUAUUUGUGUUCAUCCCAGCACUGUGUCUCUCUGUCAUCCCUCUGGAAAUCUUCAGAUGGGUUAUUGCGGGUGUAGCGGGAUUCAUGUCUGCAACAUUUGUGGCACUCAAUCUCCGAGCUCACAUAAAGUCAGCUGGUGAAAGGUGGUUUUUGAUUGUGGCCAGUAUCUUCUUGCUGCAGUUAGCUCUUGCUGUCAUACUCAAACUAUAUCUGUUUACUAUUACUGUAUAAAACUGAACUGCCCCACCCUUGAUAAACAUAUUGUAGAUUACAAAGAAGAAUUCUUUUUUCUUUUUGGAGGGCCAUUGGUUUCCAAUACUUGGCAUGUUUAGUAAACCAUAUCAUUCAUUAAUUGAAAACAGCUUAUAUGUUCUAUAAGAUCAAUGGAUUCUACUAUGUUUAUUACAAGAACAUGUAUGAUUUAUCAA